GAUACAAGUACUUUUUUUUCGAUACCUACUUGGAUCGCAGUAAAAAGUAUAGAGUACAAAAAUUCUUGGUAAAUCGAAAAAAGUAUCGAGUAUGUACUUGGAUUUACUUGUAUCGAUUUAUCCCUACGCAGAACGCAAGCCAGAUUUUCAAGCAUGUGAAGACGGCCGGUAAAACUGACAUCGAUAGUUUUCAAAAACUAUCAAUAGUGGCGACAGUUUUCAGAUCGAUACUAUCGAUAUAGCUAUAUAAUAUCGAUAAUAUCCGAGCUCUAGAACGGUGAAAGGGGGACGAGUGCAAGAAUCAUAUUUACUGAAAGAAUUGUGAAUUUGCAGUCACUAAAUUCUAUCUACACAAAAAAUAAAAUGAAAUCUUCUUAGUAAGAUAUUAGGUUACUUUCUGUAAUCACUGAAACAACUUUAUACAAUUGGUACCGGAAGUAGAGGAUUAAAGCCUCAGUCAACUAUAAAAUUGCCAUUAUGGAGCCAUCGGCCUGUGAAGAUUUAAAAGCCUUUGAGCGAAGACUAACGGAAGUAGUAUCUUCUUAUGGACCAUCUACAAUGCGAUGGCGAAUUCUUGCCACCAUUUCCAUAUGCACAGCAAUUGGUGCCUUUUAUUGGCUCCGGGAUCCGCGAACAUCUAUAGUGCCUUUAAUGGAGUCUCUGCUCUUGCAUCCCAUAUUCACCUUUGCUACAUUGGCGCUCGCCAUUCUCUUUAUUAUGGGCAUUCACAAAUUGGUGUUUGCACCAAAAAUUAUAACAACACGAAUGCGCACCGUACUUAGUGAUUUUAAUAUGAGUUGCGACGAUACAGGAAAGCUUAUUUUGAAACCUCGACCCAACAAUAUUUUGGACGGUUGUGGACGUUAACCAAAGCGCAAAAUGAUGCGAGACGAGCAUACGGGCGGCGGUUCAGCUCAGACUACAUUUAAUAUCGCCACAACGCUGUGCAUUGAUUUCAUAAAGUGGCCGUUUUCAAAAUAUGUAUGUGCAUAUAUGAAGGGCAUGGAUGCUUACAAUCUACUCGAUGGAAAAAAACGUAUCUAAUUAGAAACUGAAUCCGUAUGCUGUAGCCUAGUUAAUUUUAGAUUUAAAAAAGUACCAUUACCUGCUAAUUAUAAGCAAUAUUCACUGAUGUACUACCAUGUAUUUUGAUAUUUUUAAGAAUCAACAUCUUCUGUCUAUACGAAGUGCAGCUUAUGUAUGUAUGAAUGUAUUGAAGUAAGCAAUUUACAAGUAUAUCCAAAAUUACGCUAAAUAAGCAGAAUUGUGUCUGAAAAAUCUAAUCGUAGAGAGCUCGCUUAGCUACAUAUCGUCGUUUAAAGUAAAAAUUAUUUUCUAGAGAGUAAAGACACUCAUAUUUCAAAAUUGUUCUCUUUUUUAUAAAUCAAUCGCAUUUCUGGCUAGUAUAUUUAAGGACGAAUGGAUUAGGAUUGAGCCAAGAGCUUGUGUGAGCAAAUCCAAUUUCUGGCGAUACGCGGUUUUUUACUUUAAACGACGAUAUGUAUAUAUACAUGCGUAAUACGUAUUACGUAUGUAUGUUUUGUAUUCCAACUGCUAUAUUCUAUGUAUGUACAUAUGUAUAUAAAAGUAUGUUACGACCCAACUGUAGAAAUAGUUAUCCAAAACAUCGAUUCUUGCGAGAAGGGAGUUGUAUUUUGUAAAUACUUAUGAAUAAAUUCAAGGAAUGCCAAAACCCCAAUUGCAGCUAC